AUGGAUGGAACAUUACGUGGUACAAGCAUUUUGAAAAAUAUCUUCUUUACUGUUGCUACUAAUCCAUUUAUGAAAAUAGAAGAAAAUACAGAACAAGUUCAUUGUACUGAUCAUAUUGUUCGAAAAAUAGCCAUGUUUCAAGUUAAUUCAUUAGCUAAAACUUAUUUUCCUAAUCCUGUUCGAUGUAUUGCUUUAUCAAUUGCUUUAACCUAUUAUUUUCGACUUCCAACAAAAGAAGAUAAUUUACAACGUAAUGAUAAAAAGUUACCAUCACGAGAACAGUUUGCUAAACUUCUUGGUCUAGCUAUACAAAACUUUGAUUAUAUCGUUCAAAAUGAACUCGAACGAUUCGUGAAUUUAUCUUUGCAAUCAGAGCAACCACAAUCAUCUCCAGAUGAUCGUCUUGGUAAAAUUAUUUAUGGUAUAUGUCCAGGAUACUGA